UCUCCCUCAAACACCCAACUCUUUACUCCUCUUCUGAGCUGGUCUUUGUUGGCACUGGAACUAAAUCAAGACAAAAGCUUUUCACUGAGCCAUCAUCCCAACUGAAAUUCAGUGAAAAAAAGCUCUGUUUUUUCUUGUGGGUUCUGCUCAAAUCAGCCUAAAUUUCUUGAUUGAAGGCUUCGAAGGGUGAAUUUUGGAAAAUGGCUAUUUCCAUUUUGGUAGUUAUUAAAACUAGACAAUGGGAGAGGUUGAGGUGAACUUGUCAUUCUCCCACAACUUUGUGAGCCUUGAGAACAAGAGGAACCUAGUCCUAAUGUUCCUGCAAGAUUUAUAUUCCCAGCCCUGGCGUCUUGCCAUGUGAACAAUUCCUGAGAAAGGUUUAGUCUUAACAGGGAAGGUUAUAUCCUUUUACUUUUCUAUUUUUUGGUAGUAAUUUUUCCAUGUCAAUUAGUCAAGCAUUUGAGCUUAUGGCGGAUUUAUGCGUGAGACUAGCAUGAAGCCCUACUCUAUACCAUUGUCCUGUAGAAUUUCUGUUUUUGUAUUGUUGAUUGGGAUCAUGUUUAUGAAAUUGGUUCCUUUUUCUGCAGCAACGGUCACAAGUUCCAAAGUUUGGCAAUUGGGAAAGCGAGGAAGAUGUGCCUUACACUGUCUACUUUGAUAAUGCCAGGAAGGGCAAGAAAGGUAGCAAAAUGAAUACAAAUGAUCCGCAAGAGGAUCUGGAUGCUGAAACAAAGGGCCAAAAAAGACCAGAGGCAGCCAGGGCAAAGCAUGUGCGACGCACUAGCCGAGAAGAUGGUGACCUGAGGAAAUCAAUCGACUCUCCCUUGCACUCUGAUGCCAUGAGUCAGAAAUCUGCAAAUGAAUCACCUCAUCAUAAGCAAGGUGGUUUAAAACAUGGGAGUAGAAAACCAGAGUCAGAAGGAUCGAAGGGAACUGACACAGUAAGACCAAGGCAUGAAAGUCGAGAAGAAGGUGAUUUGAGGAGGCCAACUGAUUCUCCAUUGCGGAAUGAGACCGGAAACCGUAGAACUAGUCAUGAUUCUCCACAUCAUCGUCAUGGUGGCCUGAGUGCUGGUGAAACACCUAAGAGGGUUGCUAGGCAAAGUGUGGGGUCUGAUCGCAGCAUUGACCAGUCUCCGCUACAUCCACACUCUCAGGUAAGGACUGGUGGCAGAGGCAGUGGAGUUUCUUCUCCAUCUUGGGAAAGAAAAGGCUCCUCAGAAGGUGGCCUUGGUUUGGCUCCUUCCACUCCUGGGGGAUCGCGGUUAAAAUCAGUAACACGAGGCGAUGAAACUCCUGAUCACAGCCCUGCUGUUCCCAAAUUCGGCGAUUGGGAUGAGACUGAUCCUGCAUCAGCAGAAGGAUACACUCACAUAUUUAACAAAGUGCGAGAGGAGAGACACAGUGGAGCUGGAAAAGUACCUGUUAUGCCGACAGAAUCAUCUUACUCCAAUGGUCAGAAACGAAUUGGAAAUGACAAUUCGAAGUGCUGCUGGUGCUUCCCAUGUGGCAGAUAAUUGUACAUGGCUGAACACGAAGCAAAGUUGGAAUGUAUACUAUGUAUAACUUGGAAUCAUGUAUAGAGUUAGCAAGUAUUUUGGCGUGUGUAAUGUAGUCCUGCAGGGAAAAUUGAAUUUUGAUACUCACUAGAUUUUCUAGCAUUUCUCCUAUCAACUCAAUUGUAUUUAUGAUCUUGCUAUGAUCAAUUGAAUCCUGGCAAGGUAAUUUCAUAUUUAUGUUUAUAUUGUUCAAUUUAGUCAAAUUGUUCUUUGUC